GAUUCAAAAUGGCUGACAACGAUUUCCUGAGCGGUGAAGCAAUCAUGGUGUUCAAAAAGGAAAUCCUUGACUCCCACAGCGAUUUUACUCGAUCGCUUUCACAUCAGUCAGCAUCCCCCGAAGCAUAUGAUCAAGAGAAUGUAUUUUCUCAAGACUUCCAACCGUUCAUGAAACAAGAUAAGGAGACGCAGAAUUCGGCUUCACAGCCAACUUCUGAACAAUCGUUGGCCAAUCGUGAUCCUUGCACAGUUCCCGAUGACCUUCGUGAAGAAAUGAUGCGUCAAAGGAGAAAGGAAGAUGCAUUCAAGACGGCUCUGUGUGAUGCUUACAAACGCAGUCAGGCAUGCUCAUACGGUGAUCAGUGCAGAUUUGCUCACGGCGUCCAUGAGCUUCGGCUUCCAAUGAACCCUCGUGGGAGAAAUCAUCCCAAGUACAAGACGGUUCUUUGCGACAAGUUCUCGAUGACUGGAAACUGCAAAUACGGAACCAGAUGCCAGUUCAUCCACAAAAUUGUCGAUGGGAAUGCCGCGAAGCUAGCAAGUGGAGCUCACGCUAAUACUUCAUCCAAAUCACCAGCAAGGAAUGCUGCCGCACACAAUCAUUCACUCUUCGUGCCUCAGGGGUCGACAGAUCGAAGCAUGGAUCUCAAUCAGAGUCUACCAAUCCGUCAAUCAGAUCUCGUUCGUGCGUUUGCUCGUGCCACCCGUUUGGACGUAUCUGGAUACAAUUCUACGGCUCAAUUGGCACAAUAUUUCGAAAGCCAAUUCCAGCGGAUUCAGCAGCUCUCCUCCCAUCAUCACUAGUUUCUCUCGUCGAAAUUUCUGAUCUUGACUAACAUGUACUUUCUAUUUUUUACUUAUGGAUUAUAUAAUCAAGUCCAAUAACCUGGUGCAGUCCCAAGGACAUCAUCAAUAAUUUUCCCCAUUUUUGUCGUUCUUUUUCUUCUCGAGUCCGACCCCAAAAUGUUGUAUUCACAGGCUUUCAAAACUCACCCCCACAUUCCCACAUUUGUAUCUAGUCUGUAUAUUAUUGUUAUCUUGAAUUUUACCAAUGUUUCGUUCUCAAUUGCAUAGCCCUCGUUAUGUGGACUCAUAAAAUGAAAUUUCUCGUAAUCAGC